CAUUUGAGCUGAUAGGUCUCACUUCCUGCUUUGGUAUUUUGAGGAGAAACUCGUUAUGGUGAAAAAGCAUCUAAAGAAGAACCAACUGACAAAUCUGUGUUUCAAGACAGGGUGAACUUGCAUGAUGUAUCACCCAUUUGUGUUGGAGAAGAUGGCUUUGCAGGCUUUAUGUAUCUUCGUGCUGGAGCUUUAAUAUCUCAUUUAAUUUUAAAUAUGCAGAAGUGUUAAAAAACUACUUUGGAAGUUGGAGGCCAGUUCUUGCAGAAAAGCACACGUACCAUGCCAAUUGUGGUGCAGAUAUGCCAGCGUUCAUCAAACCUUUGCAAUAGCUAAGCUUUUUUCUUUCUUCCUUUCUUCCUAGUUAUUUGUAAUCUGCAACCAUGCUUUUUGUUGUGUUCAUUUCUUUACAGGAAUUGUAAGUCAGUACUUCUGAAACUCUUUGAAAUUUCACUGCUUUGUAGCACUGAUAUUAUUCAAAAUAUGAAGUAGUAAAUACUUCAGAGGGAAUUGAGGUGUGCGUAGGAUUGUAGAAUUAAAAACAGAUUAAUGAGGAUAAGACCUUUUAUUGUUCACAGUUGAUGCGAGGCCAAAUCAUCCAUCAUCAGGAUCAGGUAAUGAAUAGGUGUGUUACACUAAGGGAUUGUAUUUGUAUUCCAUCUCAGUAACAGCUCUGAAAGUGCUAAUGCGGUGCAUUUUCAGAAGGGGAUUUAGCUGUACUCCCUACUACACAGUCAGCAGAGACCUUUGUACCAGUGUCUUCCGCAUAGAGAACAGAAAAUAACCUGGAAUCCAACCUGGGAGAAAAAUGGCUCCUCAAACGCAGAUUUCUUUGCUUUAUAUCUUGUUUUGUGGUAUAACAUUCAUCAUUUAUGGAACAGAAGGACAGAAGGCUGCUGAACCAGAAGUGACUAUUGCACAUGGACGGCUCAGAGGAAAACAAGUGAAUGUGAAAGGAACAGACAGACUUGUAAACGUUUUCCUUGGGAUUCCUUUUGCAAAAGCACCUGUUGGAUCUUUGAGGUUUUCCCCACCUGAACCACCUGACCCCUGGAAUGAUAUGAAAGAUGCAACUUCUUACCCACCGCUAUGUCCUCAAGAUCUGGCCAUGUUGAAAAAAGCUGAAAAAAAUUUUAAAGAAAAGCACAUUCAAUUCCGAACUUCUGAAGACUGCUUGUAUCUAAAUGUUUAUAGCCCUGCAGACAACAAGAAGAAAUUACCUGUAAUGGUGUGGAUCCAUGGAGGCAAUUUUGUAUUUGGCGGUGCUUCUAGAUAUGAUGGUUCAGCACUGUCAGCCUAUGAGAAUGUUGUGGUAGUAAUAAUUCAGUACAGACUUGGACUCCUUGGAUUUUUCAAUACUGGUGAUGAACAUGCUCGUGGGAACUGGGCAUUUUUGGAUCAAGUAGAAGCUCUGCGGUGGAUCCAGGAAAAUAUUGAACACUUUGGUGGGGAUCCAGGAUCAGUCACACUCUUUGGUGUAUCUGCGGGAUCUUGCAGUAUUUUUGCACAAGUUUUAUCUACUUUGUCAAAGGGUCUCUUUCAUAGAGCAAUAUUAGAGAGUGGAGUUCUACUUCCCUCUAAUAGAGAUUUACUUCUUUCAGCAGAUCUUAAGAAAAUUGCCAAGAUAUUUAAGUGUGAGACUAGCAGUUCACUCUCACUAGUAAACUGCUUGAGGAAACAGGAAGCAAUGGAUAUAGUCUUUAACAGUACGGAAAUCCCAUUCCUACCCUUAGUUUUGGAUGGAGUAUUUCUUCAUAAGUUACCUGAAGAUAUUUUGGCUGGAAAAGAAUUUAACACCGUCCCGGUUAUGAUAGGAGUCACCAAUAAUGAAUUUGGCUGGAAUAUUAGAUCUACAUCAACAAUCCCAGCUUUGAGGGAUGUGGGUGAUAAAAAAUCAAUCACUUCAGCUUUAGAGUUUCUACUACCAAUGAUGAAUUUACCAGCAGAAUUGUUGCCUGCAAUAAUGGAUGAAUAUCUGGGAAACACAGAUGAUCCUGCUGAACUACGGGACCGAUUUCUGGAAUUGCUGGGGGACGUCCUUAUUGUCAUACCAUCCAUUAAAACACUGAGUUAUUACCGGGAGUCUGGAGCUCCUACCUACUUCUUUGAGUAUCAGCAUCGUCCCACUUCAUACAAGGAUUCUAAACCAGAGUAUGUGAAAGCCGAUCAUGGAGAUGAAGUUGGCUUUGUCUUUGGUGGACCUUAUCUAGCCGGUGACAUAGGCCUACGGGAUGAAGUUACAGAUGAAGAAAAGAACCUCAGCAGAACUCUAAUGAAGUACUGGGCUAACUUUGCUCGAAACGGGAAUCCUAAUGGGGAAGGUCUGCCUGAAUGGCCAUCCUACAAUCUAAAUGAAGAAUACUUGGAGAUAAACCUAAAACAAAGAAAAGCCAGAAAGUUGAAGGAAAAGAAGGUAGACUUCUGGGAAAAGGUGUUGUUUGAAAAGCCAACUAGGAAAAGAAUGGAAAACAAGAAAGUUAAUCAAGAGCUAUGAUUUACCAUCCAAAUGUACAUCAUAGGCAUAGUAUUUAGGAUAGCAAAAGGAAUUAUUGGAAAUAUUUUUGGAGGGUAAAAUAAUGUGUCCCUUCCUUUCACCUUUUCUUUGCAGUUCUCAUAUUUACG